AGCUCGCUGUUCGCUCCUCUGCCUGACAGCUGCCUUGCCGCCACUAGGCAGCCCCAGUUUCCCCAGCCCGGCUUCCCCAAACCAGUCUUCCGGCCUCGGUGGCGCCCCAGGCCCGCGGGAUUAGGGAUUAGGAUCUGGAAGGGUUUGGUCCAAUCCCCUUUCCCUCUCAGCGUCCUGGGCUCACCUCCCCGGCAGCUUAGCGCUCCUCUUCCAAAACUGCUUGCUGUUCUCAGCGGCCAUUGCUCUGGCCGGGGGAAGGCCUUGUAGGCGGGCCAGGGGCGCUGCCUGGAGAGAUGCCCCCAGACCCCGCAAUCUGAGGGCCAACCCAGGCCGCUUCCCCGCCGCCGGUCACCCACUCUCAGCUCCUGGGGACGCCAUCUUGGAUGUGGGCACCCCUCCACCCAGCGCCGCUGCCAUUGGUGGGCUGCGCAGGCCGUGGACGGGCCGACCAAUCGGGAGCCGGAAUCCUGCAAGCCGCUGAAGCCAACGGGUAACGUCAGGGGCAGGGCACACAGGUGGACGGGGAAGGAGGAGCUUGGAGAGGCAGAGAGGCGGGGCUCAAAGUUCCUACCCUCGAGAGGAAAGAAGCAGGAGGUCUCGGGAUGAAACAGCAGCGGUGGUGUGGAAUGACUGCCAAAAUGGGCUCUGUGUUGUCAGGGGUCUUCACCAUCCUGGCCGUAGACAUGUAUCUCAUCUUUGAGCAGAAGUACCUAGGGAAUGGCAAUUGCACUGAGAUCGCACCAAAGUACAAGGGUUCAAGUGACAUCAUCAAUAACUUCAUCACCUGCUGGAGUUGGAAAAUCGUCCUCUUCCUAUCUUUUAUCACCAUCUUCAUCAGCUGCUUCCUCCUGUACUCAGUGUAUGCCCAGAUCUUCAGGGGCCUGGUCAUCUACAUUGUCUGGAUUUUUUUCUAUGAAGCUGUAAACGUCGCAAUACAAAUCCUCACUAACAUCGACCUCAGCAUUGAAGAGGUCAGAGUCAUGCGCUGGUUUGGCUUGGUGUGUCGUACACUCCUGCACUGUUUCUGGAUGUUCUUCGUCAUCACCUAUGCCCACAUAACCUACAAAAACCAGAGCCAGGGAAGUAUAAUUUCAUACAAGAGACGAAUUUCUAUGGUGGAGUCUAUGCACAACAGAAAUAAAAGAUUAUCAGGUUUUACUGGGCUUGGGGGCUUACACCUGGAAUCCCAGCACUUUGGGAGGCCGAGGAGGUGCUCUGGUAAAACAAGUGUAAAAUGAAUGCCAGGAUGGUCUCCCUCUUGGUGGGCAUCUUCUCCGUCCUCAACACCAUCCAGUUCUUCAUCUUUGACCUGAAUCAGACUACACACAUUGGCUCUGAGCACAAGUUCAGCAUCUACAUGGACUCAAAGUCGAAGCUAGUCACUUGGAUCCUGUUCCACAGGGCUAAGAUCAGCACUGCCCUCUCCCUCACCACCAUCGUUGUCAGCUGCUUCCUCCUUUAUUGUAUCUAUAAUAAUUUCCUCCCCGGGCUGCUGAUCUAUGCCGUGUGGAUCAUCACUUAUGAGCUCAUCAACUUCUCCAUAGUCCUGCUCCUCAACAGUAUCAUCAGAGAUGAGUUCAAGCAGCUGAGUCACUUGUACCUCAUCUUCCAAAUCUCACACAUGCUCCUGCACUUUUUCUGUCUGCCCUUCAUCUUCAAGCAUGCGUACAGCCUUUACAAGGAGCCCCCAGCUGCGAACAAGAUAGCCCGCCACAAGUCCUCCUCCACCAUUGUAGUGAACUCAAGACUAUCGGUCCCUCGGAGAAUGUUGUACCGGAAGUGAAACCGUCCCCUGCGGGGAAAGGUGGGAGGGAACGGUGCUCCUCAGCAAUGGAACUCUCCCUGCCCCGCCUGUCUUCUGUUGAUGCUGCUUGGUUUGUCAGGGCUUUUGAGGUUUAUGCACUGUGGAAUGAUCCUUGGGAGACGGCGGGUUGUGUGGAUCAAUUAUUGUACAGAUGUGUGGUGUGACUUGUUUUAGCAGUUAAUAAUAUAUGUGGCCUUGUGCUUAUUUAA